AUGGCUGAUGACAUCGGAAGAGAUGCUGGGCAUAUCGUCGUUAAACCAGGCGAAGACUUCUGUGUUCGCGCAAAGGAAAGCGAUGAAUUUGAGAAGCAUGUGUGGAGAGAGUAUAGCCUUCAUUCUGGCAAACGCCGAUCUGCCGAUGAUGGCGUUGUAUGCCGUUGGGCAAUCGACUACCAAAAAAUGGGUGUAGAUAACCGUUCGUCUAGAGGCGGUGCCAAUGGCAAGGGUGCUAUCUGUUUUCAGGUGCCGUUGUUCUAUGCCGAAGGUGUUGAACGCAUCGGUGAAGAGCACAUUGAUCGAGCUGCCGGUGUCAAUAAGGAUUCGUCCUAUGUCAAAAUCUGCAACAUCGGCUCGGAUGAUCAUAGGAUCGGAAUAGGGGAAGAUAAUGCCCUUCUCUUCUUCCUCGGAAAAGGUGAUGGAUUCCCAGCCGAUUCGUCAAAUUUUGUCAUUGUGCCCUCUAGCUAUGCUGAGGAUUUGAGGAUGCCGAACGGCACGCAUGUACCUUUUAAUAGAGCAGUUGCUAGUGUUGGCCAUAGGCACUCCUCCACUGAUCAUAUUGAUCUGCCGGUUCGCUGGCUGCUCUGGGGUUUGUUUUGUACUGAGGUAUUCAUCUAG